AUGCCUACUCAAGUUCGUAUUUUUGCUAUGCCAAAGUCUCUUGGCGAGACUCUUAGUGGCAGCUCAUCAACACCUACGCCUUCUUCUACCCAAGAACGCAAAAACGAGAGGCCGGCGAGUCCUGAACUCAGGGGCCGAGUUCCAAUAAUGGAGACGAUACCAGAGAGGCCCAAGGAAGGCGGAAUUACGUUUGCUCAUCAAGAUAGUUUGCCUAAGCUACCUAUACCGGACCUAGAACAAACGUGCAAGAAGUACCUAGCCGCACUGAAGCCACUGCAAGGACCCAGAGAGCAUUCCGAAACGAAGCUCGCUAUCCAAGAGUUCUUGAAGAAAGAUGGUCCAGAACUUCAGAGGAAAUUACAAGAGUAUGCAAUCGGAAAAACCAGUUAUAUAGAACAAUUCUGGUAUGAUUCGUACCUAAAUUUCGAUAAUCCUGUCGUCCUAAACCUGAACCCUUUUUUCUUAUUAGAGGAUGACCCCACGCCUGCGAGGAAUAACCAGGUUACUCGUGCUGCAUCCCUCGUCGUAUCUGCGCUAGAAUUUGUGCGAGCAGUACGCCGAGAGGAAUUGCCACCGGAUACAGUUAAAGGCAUACCGCUAGAUAUGUAUCAAUAUUCACGGCUCUUUGGCACUGCUCGUGUACCGACUGAAAAUGGCUGCCAAAUCGAACAGGACCCUGAAUCUAAGCACGUUGUUGUAUUAUGCCACGGCCAAUUCUACUGGUUUGACGUACUAGAUGACAACUCGGACCUUAUUAUGAGCGAAAGAGAUAUUUCGAUCAAUCUCCAAACAAUAAUAGACGAUGCAGCUCAAACGCCCAUCCAGGAAGCCGCCAAAGGGGCUCUUGGAAUUCUAAGCACAGAAAAUCGAAAGAUCUGGUCUGGGUUAAGGGAUGUUCUUACUAAGGAGGAGGGGUCCAAUAACGCAGACUGUCUCGGUAUUGUCGACUCGGCUUUAUUUGUGUUAUGUCUCGACUACACGGAGCCCUCUACGGCAGCUGCACUGUGCCAGAAUAUGCUUUGCGGUACGAACGACGUAGUGAAGGGAGUACAAAUUGGCACUUGCAUAAAUAGAUGGUACGAUAAACUUCAGAUCAUUGUGUGCAAAAACGGAAGUGCGGGUAUCAAUUUUGAGCAUACCGGCGUUGAUGGUCACACCGUACUUCGAUUCGCCAGUGACCUUUACACAGACACCAUAUUACGCUUCGCAAGGACUAUCAAUGGCCAAGCCCCCAGUCUCUGGAAAACGGCAAGUCCGGACCCGUCGAAGCGUGAUCCGGAGAGUUUUGGGGACGUUACCACGACUCCUCAUAAAUUAGAAUGGGACAUAUCACCAGAGCUUAAUAUUGCUAUACGGUUUGCCGAAACUCGACUUGCAGAUCUCAUCAGCCAGAACGAAUUUGAAUGCCUGGACUUCAGCGCUUACGGUAAGAAUUAUAUCACCUCUGCAGGCUUUUCUCCAGAUGCUUUUGUCCAGAUGGCCUUCCAAGCAGCCUACUAUGGGCUAUAUGGGCGAGUCGAAUGCACUUACGAGCCAGCCAUGACCAAGGCCUACCUCCACGAUAAUCCUGCGGAGGCGAAAGUAGAGGCUCUACGUAAAGCAUGCCAGCAGCAUGUUAACGCCACUAAGGAAUGUUCGAAAGGACGGGGUUGCGAUCGGCAUUUAUACGCCUUAUUCUGUGUGUGGCAAAGGUUUCUAGACGGAGAUAGUCGUUCGGGUAGUAGCCUGGGGUACUCGAGCCCAAUGGAAACUGGCUCGGAGCAAGGCACCGAGUCCGCGGUUGGCAGUCCUGGCAAAGAAUCCGUACUAUCGAACAACGAAGAUUUGCGAAUGCGGCAGCGCGGUGAUAGCAUUAACUCGCGAUUUGCAGAUCAACAAGUACCAGCUAUCUUCGCGGACCAGGGAUGGGACAAACUAAACAACACGAUCUUAUCAACCUCCAACUGCGGGAACCCAUCGCUACGACAAUUCGGGUUCGGACCGACAUCGGGCGGCGGUUUCGGCAUCGGAUACAUUAUCAAAGAAGAGGGCAUUAAUAUGCGUGUCGAGCGAAUACUACGUAUCACGAAUAGACGUGGCACGACUUCACGGCAAACGCGCGCUCGGGAAAUCGACCCGGAUAAGCCGCGCACGGGACAUCACCAUCGUCCGAACAAAACCCGCGGCCGCAUGAUUACUGGGGCGGAUAGCUUGCGCGCGCUAGCAGCUCGGUCGUCGACCGGGACGAGGAGUCCGACGGAAGAGAGUUUGAUGAUGAGCGAGGAUGAUGAGUUGGGCGGCUACGGCUUCUUCGACGCGGGCAUGCUUUUACAAGCGCUUAAAGCACGCGGUGAAGCGCUCGACCAACAGAAUGAGACCAAGGCAUCAGAUCGGGCGGCGGCGAACGCGCGUAGGAGAGAGAUUGGGAAGAAGUUGCGGCUUGUUGAGUAUUGA